AUGAAGAGCCUGGUGGGAAUCAUGUGGAUAGUCUUGGUUCUCAUAUCAGGAUGCUCCGGAAAUCCGGACGCAAAACGACUCUACGAUGACCUUCUAUCAAAUUACAACAAAUUGGUGAGGCCAGUGGUCAACGUCACAGAUGCACUUACCGUUAAAAUAAAGCUUAAGCUUUCCCAACUCAUAGACGUGAACUUGAAGAACCAAAUAAUGACGACGAAUCUCUGGGUUGAGCAGUCGUGGUAUGACUACAAGCUGCAGUGGGAUCCUAAAGAGUACGGAGGGGUCGAAAUGCUUCACGUACCGUCCGAUCACAUAUGGCGACCUGAUAUAGUUUUGUAUAACAACGCUGAUGGUAACUUUGAGGUGACCCUUGCCACAAAGGCAACGCUGAAUUACACAGGCAGAGUGGAUUGGAAACCACCUGCUAUCUACAAGUCUUCCUGCGAAAUCGACGUCGAGUAUUUUCCAUUCGACGAGCAAACCUGUGUCAUGAAAUUCGGAUCCUGGACUUACGACGGCUUUCAGGUUGACUUGAGACACAUCGACGAAGUCCACGGUAACAAUGUAGUUGACAUUGGCGUUGAUCUUUCGGAAUUUUACACUUCUGUCGAAAAUGAAAAGUAUUACACCUGCUGCGACGAGCCUUACCUCGACAUUACCUUCAACAUAACAAUGCGCAGAAAAACGUUGUUCUACACAGUUAAUUUAAUAAUACCGUGCAUGGGAAUAUCCUUUUUGACGGUGUUGGUGUUCUAUCUGCCGAGCGACAGCGGAGAAAAGGUCAGUCUCUCAAUAUCUAUCCUCCUGUCGCUGACUGUAUUUUUCCUGCUGUUAGCAGAGAUUAUUCCUCCAACUUCACUGGUAGUACCACUGCUGGGUAAAUUUGUAUUAUUUACGAUGAUCCUCGACACAUUUAGUAUAUGUGUGACAGUGGUGGUGUUAAACGUCCACUUUCGAUCACCACAAACUCACGUGAUGGCACCCUGGGUGAGACGGGUGUUCAUCCACGUACUGCCUCGGCUGCUGGUAAUGCGGAGGUAUGAUUUAAGACCGCAGUUCCAAAUAGAUCGCCGCAGCUUUGACCGGCAACGUGUGAUGGUAAGAACGUGCAAUGGUCUGGAAGUACGUGACCCGACGCGGUUUGCUGAGGAUCCGGGAGCUGAAUUCGUCGAGCCGCCCAUGCUGUUCCCCAGUGUCGACUCACGAGAUGAAUUAAAUCCGCGAGAGCUCGAGGCCGUUAAUCUGGGCAGCGCGUGUCAAAUUCAUGGUUCACCGGCUAGUAUACCGCCACCCCCGCAGCUUCCUACAGAGGAUAGUGUUGAUGCUUUAUGCAAAACUUUAAAUAAUUGGCAUCACUCACCAACUCUGUACGACGACCGUGUACCCAUCGACGUUAGAUUAUCAGAAAUAGCUUCAACCACUGCCAAACCGCACAUCGUGUUUCGUAAGACUAAUAAAGUUAUCAGAAGUAACAAAAUAACAAAAUCGUUAAAUAAAUUUAAGCUGGUUCGCGAGUUAAUGUACCAAACCAAGACUGACGAU